CUAGAACCAGCAGGGGGCGCUGUCCCCUUAUAAAACACGCUGUAUUAGAAUAAAGGAACGUGGUCCUCACAGAGACGGUAAGACGGGAGGACACACAGCUCAGCGUUAAUGCGGAGCCUCGGAUUAGUCACACAGACUGAGGCCGCUUCUGAUUGGAGGAGGAGGAGGAGGAGGAGGAGGAGGAGGAGAAGCGGAGUCGGAGGUUUAUCCGGAGCUCACCGGAGGCUCUGGAGGAUCUGCAGCCGGAGACGAGCUCUUGAGGACGGACUGGAAGAGAUCAGCCUCCACGGUGUCCUCAGCAGGAUGUCCGCUCUCUAUUGAUUGUCUCCUCACUAUGACAUCAUCAGGCGGCGCCCCGUACCCCCUUCUUCUUCCCGGCCUCCACCGACCCCCUCCGCCGUGGCCCCGCCUCCUGCUGUCUCUCUGGCUCUGGAUUGGUGGACGGGUGGUCCAGGUGAGCUCCUCCCACCAGCACUUCCACCCCCACUCCAUAAAGAUCCCCGGGGACAUCACGCUGGGGGGGCUGUUCCCCAUCCACGCCCGCGGGCCCCACGGGCUGCCCUGCGGCGAGCUGAAGAAGGAGAAGGGGAUCCACCGCAUGGAGGCCAUGUUGUACGCCCUGGACCAGGUCAACGGGGACCCCGAGCUGCUGCCCAACAUCACGCUGGGGGCCCGGAUCCUGGACACCUGCUCCCGGGACACCUACGCCCUGGAGCAGUCGCUCACCUUCGUCCAGGCGCUCAUCCAGAAGGACACGUCCGACAUCCGCUGCUCCAACGGCGAGCCCCCCCUCAUCCGGAAACCGGAGCGGGUGGUGGGCGUGAUCGGGGCGUCGGCCAGCUCCGUGUCCAUCAUGGUGGCCAACAUCCUGCGUCUGUUUGAGAUCCCUCAGGUGAGCUACGCGUCCACGGCUCCGGAGCUCAGCGACAACAACCGCUACGACUUCUUCUCUCGGGUGGUUCCUCCGGACUCGUACCAGGCUCAGGCCAUGCUGGACAUCGUCAGAGCUCUGGGCUGGAACUACGUGUCCACGCUGGCCUCCGAGGGAAACUACGGAGAGAGCGGAGUGGAAGCCUUCAUGCAGAUCUCCAGAGAGGCUGGUGGAGUGUGCAUCGCCCAGUCGGUGAAGAUUCCUCGGGAGCCGACGCCCGGAGAGUUCGAUAAAAUCAUCAAACGUCUGAUGGAGACGAGUAACGCCAGAGGAGUCAUCAUCUUCGCCAACGAGGACGACAUCAAGCGUGUCCUAGAGGCGGCGCAGCGCGCUAACCUGACGGGCCACUUCCUGUUUGUGGGUUCGGACAGUUGGGGCGCCAAGAGUUCACCCAUCUCAGAGCUGGAAGACGUGGCCGAGGGCGCCGUCACAAUUCUCCCAAACCGAGCUUCAAUCGACGAGUUGGAUAAUUGA